CUGACCUGUUGUCAUUCAUUUUUCUCAGCCUUGCCCUGCAGGUUACAAGUGCCUUCAGUGAGUGUGGAUGAACUUGGCAACUCAGUAAAGUCUGUAGAACAGCCCAGCAGGAUGUGAGUUGUGACAUCGGGGUGUCGUCUCACUUGAACCACGGGGUUAUCAUGUAACCGUCACGUGGCUCGACUGCGUGCAGGAAGAAUCCUCGAUGUGGCUUCAUAGGCUUAAAUAUAGUUCAGGGCACCAGACCUGGAGCUGAGAUGAGGAAGUUCUAUUCAGUGUAGGAAACAGGAGCUUAAAGAUAACACGCUGUGAUGGCAACCCGGCUUCCCGAGCCUGAUAAGCCCAUGGAAUAAGGGUGGACACACAGAGAGGGGCCUGUCCCUAAGUGUGGAAGUAUCAGCUCAGUCAUGUGUCCUGGGCCAGGACAGUUCUGGUGGCAUCUCUGCUCUCAUUUAUGCACAACAUGGCCAAUGCCCUGGCCAACGCCAGCUGCGAGCGCUGCCGGGGCGGCUUUGCACCCGCUGAGAAGAUUGUCAACAGCAAUGGCGAGCUCUACCACGAGCAGUGCUUCGUGUGUGCCCAGUGCUUCCAGCAGUUCCCGGAGGGCCUCUUCUAUGAGGGGGGCCGGUACUUUCUGUUUCAGUUUGAAGGAAGGAAGUACUGUGAACAUGACUUCCAGAUGCUCUUUGCUCCUUGCUGUCAUCAGUGUGGUGAAUUCAUCAUUGGCCGGGUGAUCAAAGCCAUGAACAACAGCUGGCACCCCGAGUGCUUCCGCUGCGACCUGUGCCAGGAGGUCUUGGCCGACAUCGGUUUCGUCAAGAACGCCGGGAGGCACCUGUGUCGCCCCUGUCAUAACCGGGAGAAAGCCCGGGGCCUCGGCAAAUACAUCUGCCAGAAGUGCCACGCCAUCAUCGACGAGCAGCCAUUGAUAUUCAAGAACGACCCCUACCAUCCAGACCACUUCAACUGCGCCAACUGCGGGAAGGAGCUGACUGCUGAUGCCCGGGAGCUCAAGGGGGAGCUGUACUGCCUGCCAUGCCACGACAAGAUGGGGGUGCCCAUCUGCGGUGCCUGCCGCCGGCCCAUCGAGGGGCGUGUGGUGAAUGCCAUGGGCAAGCAGUGGCACGUGGAGCAUUUUGUUUGUGCUAAGUGUGAGAAGCCAUUCCUUGGACAUCGCCAUUAUGAGAGGAAGGGCCUGGCAUACUGUGAAACCCACUACAACCAGCUAUUUGGUGAUGUUUGUUUCCACUGCAACCGUGUUAUAGAAGGCGAUGUGGUCUCCGCCCUCAACAAGGCCUGGUGUGUGCACUGCUUUGCCUGUUCCACUUGCAGCGCCAAGCUGACACUCAAGGAUAAGUUUGUUGAGAUUGAUCUAAAGCCAGUCUGCAAACAUUGUUAUGAGAAAAUGCCAGAAGAAUUUAAGAGGAGACUUGCCAAGCGGGAGAGAGAAGCCAAGGAUAAGGACAAGCAGAAAAAGAAAAAGCCAGUCUGUCUGAAUAAAUUUGUGGAGUUUGACAUGAAGCCAGUCUGUAAGAAGUGCUAUGAGAAAUUUCCGUUGGAGCUGAAGAAAAGACUUAAGAAGCUAGCUGAGACCUUAGGAAGGAAAUAACUUCCUUUAUUUUUUCUCUUCUAUGCAAAGAUAAGAGAUCACAACAUUGCCUGACCUGAUGCACCCUGUCUUAAAGUUGUGUCUCAAAAUAGUUGAGAGCGAAGAGGACCUAUUGAACACCUAUUGGUGUUCUUCAUCUCCUUUUUCUCAUUAAAGAGAAAAAAAGUUUCUGUCAUCAUAUUUAAAACAUGGAUGCAAUCAAGAUUUGCCUUUGUUAAUAACCCUUAUCAGUUUGUUGAAAUGUAGAUGAUACAUAAUAGAAAAAGAAACAUGGUUAAAUGUUAAAUUUUAAUUAAGGUCCAAAAUAUUAAAUAUAACUUUUAAAAAUGAAAGGAGUCAGUUUUUACAUGACUCAGAUAAAAAAAUAUAAACAUUAUUUACUUUGUAUUCGAAAGAAAAUUAAUUACAACUGCAGUUGGGGAGGAUAUAAAAAAGAAAACCAUAUCUCACAGAAUCUUAGUGUGUUUAUCAAACUAGUGACUUUAAAAUGAAUAUACACAUUACUCAUAUAAGAAACAAGUGUAUUCAGAACUACUUGAUUUGGGGACUUUUUUGUUAUGGUUAAAUGCAAUAAUUAUUAAGCUUAGUUUUAAUUUGUAUUCUCCUUUGUGAACUUCUUUAUAUAGUUACAUCAUGGUAGUUAUAGCUAGCUAAUAAUAUUCUUUUUAAAAUUUUGUGCAAAAAAAAUUUAUACUAGGUAUUUGAAAAUACAGUAUACUUUACAAUAUUGGAAAAAUGAAGUAUUUUUUCAUGUAUUACAGCAAUUAUACUUUGAAGUUUAAGAUCACAGAUGCAGUCUUAGAAUAGGACAUGAAAUUAAAUGUUAAGUAGUUUGGAAUGUAUCACUUAAAAACAUGAAUGUUUAUGUAUUGAUCAUAUUGCCUUUAUAACCAUGCUAAUAUCUAUGCUUUAUAUAAAUAAACUUGCCUUGCCUUAGAAAAAUACAUAAUCAGGAGUUCUAGCUGUUUCAUACCUUACAAACUAAAAACAAGUGCAUUGAAUGAGAUUUGUAAACUCAAAUUCAUUUACCACAGCUAUGAUUAUUAAAAAUUUUUUCUUCUUUUUGGGGAAACACAUUGAAAUUAAUUUGUGAUCUUAAUUAGGAGAAUUAUGUUGAUAUGUGUUUCAAGUUUUUCAUUACAAAUCUUAUAGUUAGAUUUUAUUUACUGUAUGUAGGAGGUAUAAGUAACACUUUUAAAUUGGAAGAGUGGUGGUUAAGUAUCAACUUUAGGCCAAAUGUAGUGAAUUAUUUUAUUUUGCAAAGUUUUAUCUUAAAGUUUCUGGAUGUCUUUCUCCAUAAACCUAUAUGCAAAGAGAAUUUUGUGAACAUUUUUUAAAUGUUGCUGCUACUAUGUUAUCAUGUAAAAGAAAGUAGCAAAGAUGGGCUUCUAAGGGGAAAAUUAUUGGUAUUUUCAAAAAAUUGCUGAAAUGUUAUUUUGCCAUUAAAAAAAAAAGUCUCAGGAUGCUACCAGUCUGCCAUUAAGAUAUUUGUAUGCAUGUAUUUUUAAAUACUUGUGCAUGCACUUUAAAUUGUAUUUCAGUUUUUAAUUUAUAACCAAUUAAUUUUUUUUAGUGCUCUUUUAGAGUUCAAAGAAUGAUCAGUGAUAGAAAAUAAUAUAUACUUUAAGACUGUGUUCAGAAGUCUGAACAGUCUUUGCAUCUGACAGCAAGAAUCAAAUUCCCUUCAGCGUGCCUUUGUCAGCUAAUACAUGACCAGCAACAAAAAUCUUUAAAGUAUUUAUUAAAUACUGUAUGGUGGAUACAGUGUAGGAUCUGCAGUCUGGGGUCUUGAUGCUAAAUUCCUAAAUGCUCCAGGAAUGCUCCACACAGGAAAUCCAGAGCAGAAAGCGCCCACUUACCUGUUUCUAAUCACUGGGAAGAGGCAUGGGCUGAAUCACUACAGGGUUCAUGUCUCUCCUGUGCCCAGAGGUCCUGCUGCUCACCUCUCUCAUAAAAUAUGACUUUGUAUUUCCUGCAAGUUUGCCCCUUGAAUCCUCCAAGGCCAUGGGGUGUUUUAUCCAGACACACACUCCCUGCCCCCUGCAGGGGAUCAAUGAGCCCUCACUCUUACCAGGAGUAAGGAGUAGACGGUUGUCAGUGGAUGAGAGGAUGGACUUGCUUAGUUUCACAUGGCUUCCUCCCAGAAGGGAGAAGCUCAGGCUAGUGAACAAAUCUUUGCUUAAAAUCCUACAAGGCAUUUGAAAUAAUUCAUUGUUUACUACAUUUCUAAGUGCUCUUUUCCUUAUCAAGCCUAAUAUACUUGGGAAAAUGUCUGGGUACGAGUCAAACAUUCUUUACAUCUUACUCACAUUGUAACUGAUGGUAGGUCAUUUUUGCCUUGUUUGCCAAAAUAGCAAUUUCUAAAUUAAGGAAAUUUUGAAGUUGGCUUAUGGCAUUGCUGUAUUUCAUUUUCGAUGGUAAACUCUGUGGCAGGGACACUAUGUCAAUAAUUAUGUUUUUAUAUAGCAACCAGUGCAGUAUACUCUUGGUGCUUAAUAAAUGCUCAUAUUGUUAAGAAUAA